CGAAAUGCCGAAGUUUUGAUGUGAGUGAAAGAUGUGAGAGAGGUGAAUGUUGUGUUGAUUAUUUUUGUGUUUAUUAAUUAGAUGUCUGCCAAAUCUACAAUAUGAGUAGAUUUAGGUUUCCUGUGAAACGAACUCAUGUUUCGUUGUUGUGUACACAUCGAACAACAAACAACAGUAGUCGAUUGUUUCAUUCAGGAGCAGGUUGUAGUAGAUUAUGGUUUCUACCCAAAACGCGUCGGCUCAAUUUACGAGCUGUUCGUAACCUUUCAUGCUCUUCAGCUGCAUUUCAAAUAAAGCAUCCAGCGGAAUCUGUUGUAGAUAUUUUCGACCGAGAGGCGAAACUAUAUCAGCGCCAAAGAGCAGCCCUGGCCGCUGAUGUUGAGUUGUACGACUAUUUGAAGGAAGAAGUUGGCUACAGACUGGCAGAUCGUAUAUUCGACAUCAAGAGAAAAUUCAACUGUGCUGUUGAUUUGGGUUGUGGCCGUGGAUAUGUAUCAAGGCACGUUCUUGGCGAUGCUGUUGAGCGACUAAUUUUAUGCGACAUGUGCCCAACUUGGCUCAACCAAGCAGUUCUUCCAGAAAAUGUGGAAGUUGAACGAAAGAUAGUCGAUGAAGAGAAAUUACCAUUUCAGCCAAAUUCAGUCGAUUUAGUUAUUAGCUCAUUAAGUCUCCAUUGGGUGAAUGACUUGCCUGGUACUUUUCACCAAAUAUUAACAUGUCUCAAAAAUGAUGGUGUAUUGAUUGCCGCUUUAUUUGGAGGUGACACAUUGUUUGAACUUCGUUCGUCACUACAGUUAGCUGAACUGGAAAGACAUGGGGGACUUUCUCCACAUAUUUCGCCAUUCACAGAAAUACGUGACAUAGGCAGCUUACUAACAAGAGCUGGAUUUACAAUGUUGACUAUUGACACCGAUGAAAUAGUUGUAAAUUACCCAUCUAUGUUUGAAUUAAUGUGGGAUUUGAAGGGAAUGGGAGAAAAUAAUGCCGCUCGUAACCGGAAACUUAAUUUGCGUCGUGAUACCAUGGUAGCAGCUGCGGCGAUUUACAAGGAACUGUAUGGUAAACAUAAAGACGAUGGAACAUCAUCAGUUCCAGCGACGUUUCAGAUCAUUUAUAUGUUAGGAUGGAAGCCAGAUGCUUCUCAGCCAAAACCAUUGGACCGAGGAACUGGCGAAGUUUCUCUCCGGGACCUUUAUAGAUUAGAUGAGAUUAUAGCAGAAACCAAAAAAGUUCAAAUAGAUCCUGAGAAAGAUAUUGAUAGGAAGUAAUGCUUUGUUUCAUACAUGACUUCUGAUUUUCUGCAGCUGUACCACUAAGAGAGUAUGUGUAUCAAACAUAGUCACAUUUUAUUGAGGAGUGUAUGGAAAUGCACAUUGAAAUGAUCAAAGAUAUGUUUGUUGCCAUUGUAACUAGUCUUUAUGUAAUGAGCAGUAUUUCUCUGCCAUUUUUUUGUUUUUUUUUUUUUUU